AUGGCCUUCAACAACGCUUCAAUCAUAAUAGCUUUAGGUGGAUCAUCUGAAUUUCCUAGUACCUCAUCAAGAAGACGUGCUAGAAGACGGGUAACCUCAGAUCCAUGCUUACCAGAGCGGCUUCCAACGACAGGGGUUAUUCAACGCGAAGCAGAGAGACUUGCCCCCAGAGCAUUCAUGAACCAGAUGCUCAAGAACUCAAUAGAAGAGACCCUUGACACAGAAAGCGUUAUUGAACCUCAGGAUAUUGAGAAACCACGUCCUCGAAGCUCUUCAUCACCUCGUUCUCCUUCAAUCAGGUCUUUUGUUAGAUCUAUGGUUGGCCCUCGUCUUAGCCGUGUACCCUCUUCAGGAUGGGCCGAUGUACAGCCAUAUGAAAUAAUGAAGGCCGUAGAAGACAGAGAUAUCAUGUUUCUCAUGGAAGUUCGCGACAAGGCUUUCCCACUUCUUUUACAAAGCUCAGGGGGAGAAACUCCCCUUGUGCAUGCCAUUCGAACCGGGAACAAAGACGUUGCCAUCGUGUUACUGGGGGCAUUUUCCAAAUGGGUAAACUAUCUCGAAGACGCAGAUAUACAAAAAACACAAACACAAACCUACCUUAAAGCCCUACGGGUUGGUCUCAAACUCGCGAUCAACGAAGGCCUCGCAAAAUCUCAGAAUGAGCUUAUUGCUUCCUUCAUGCAAACUUUGAUCAUGAGUGAGGGCGACAAAUGGGUUUAUGCACAAGCUUCGACUGUGUCCCGGGCACUUAAAGCAGGAACAGAAGGCAAACCAGUCCAAGUUGCUGGGGAAGCGGUGAGGAAAUUUGCAACGAAAGAGAUGGGGAAAGCAGACCUAAUAGCUUCGUUGGAAGAUUAUAUAGCUAACGCUACUGCGGAUUUGUUAAUGAUGGCAGCUUGGUCGAACGUACAACAAAGUAUCAUAGGAGAAUCUAUGCCAUCAUAUUAUUUCGCUCGCGAUGACCGUGUCUACAAGGCGUUUAUUGAACGGCUGCAUCGACACAAAAGUGAAAUCCAGCGGUCAUGUAGCAGACGUCUCAAAUGGCAAAUACAAGUGCUCAAGGAAGUCCUGGAGGGUCGAACUGUAACGUAUCGUAAAAAGGUUGAGAUAUUAUCAAGUCGGCUCGACACAGGGGAAGGAAUAUAA